AUGAAAUAUACGUUUGAGUGGCCUUCGUCUGCAAACGAGGUGUACGUGACAGGGACCUUUGACAAUUGGUCCAAAUCUGUGUUGCUCAACGAGGAAAAUGGAAAGUUUUCUAAGACCCUGAGUCUUCCUGAUGAGAAGGUUUUUUACAAAUUUGUCGUCGACGGCAAUUGGGUCCUUUCCUCAGCCAAAGUUGAGACUGAUGCGGAUGGAAUCGCAAAUCAUGUCCUUUACCCUGAAGAUAUUAAGUCGGCCGAGCCCGUGGACUCUGAGGAUCGUCUUUCCAGAACUAGGACACACGAAACCGAGGCAAGUCAGUUCACAUCGAUCUCCUUCCCCGCCAGUCAUGGGGAUGCGGUUCAGACUCAGGCCUCUGGGUCUCCCGCCCUUAUCGAUGCGGAUAUUGACGAUAUGUCUUCGUCUACUCAAGUCACCCUAGAUGGGGCAGACGAUUCCUCCAUAACUCUCAACAGCGAUUCUCCGCAGAACAGAGCCCAAAACGCUCGCAGCAAUGCUUCUGGAGGUGCCAGAGGUGGUGUCUUAUCCAAAUUCAAGAGUCUAUUCAGAUAA